UGCUAUCCCACAAUACACCGCGGUUUGGUGGCUGUUUCCAUAGAGACGCGGAUGGCGGCUGGCUGACAACGUUAGCGACUUGAAGAGAAUCUGUCAAAGGGACGCAAGAGAUGUCUUGCGAUGAUGAGGAGCAGCUGUCUGCUCUACUCAAGCAGUUUCUGAGAACCAUCGACGAGCAACUCAGUAACGCUCCUUCGCCUCAAAGCGCCGAGGGCAUUCUUCUUCACCUGGAGGAGACAGACAAAAACUUCCACAACUAUGAUUUUGUCAAAACCCUGCGUCAGCGCUUGGAGACUUCCCUGGGUUGCGUGGUGGACGAAGAGAUCAGAAAGCUGCCCCGUGACGAUGAACAACACGCUGUUGGCUCAGGUCACGACGUCCUCAUCCACGCGGCUGCCGGCCGCAGCCGAGCGUCGCCGCAGUACCAAAACAUGACGCAGAGUUUGAGAGCCACCAUGACUGCGGCCGUGGACGGCUUAGUCAGAAGAUUUGACGAGGACCAGCUAAGGAAGGAGGAGGAGAUGCAACACGGUCGCUACUCCGACGAAUGCUCCGACAGCGGCGACUCCUUCAAUCAGUGUUACGCCUUCAUUCAGCAGGAGCAGCUGCAGGCUUUGGCUGAGAAAUUGGAGUCAGGUCAACCCAAAGAGGUCCGCAGGGAGGCCCUGCAGGUGCUUCGUUGCGCGCCGCCAUCCGAUGUGCUGAGCUGCGACGGCUGGGCCCGCCUACGUCGGAACCUGUGUGCCGCACUGAGCGAGCCCGACGCUGAGCUCAGUGAUCACAUUCUUCAGUUCUUCGCUAAGAGCUUCUCCUCGUCGCCCCUGAACGUCACCCGGGAGAUUUACACCAGCCUCGCCAAAAGCACGGAGUACACUUUUUUGUCUCUCAAGUUGUGCUUUCCAAGCGGUGCGGCCAGCUUGGACAUCAGCAGACCCCAAAUCGGCACUCUCCUCAAGCAGAUGCGUCUGAUGAACGACUUUCAAAAGGAGGUGACCGCUUUCUGGAUCCGCCACCCGGAAAAGUACAUGGAAGAAAUCAUCGAGAGCACCUUCUCCCUGCUGUCCCUCGGUGGCGACUCGACGGAGAAAGUCUUGGAGCCUUCUCACCUGCUGGCACUGCUGGACGUCCGUGCCACUUGGUUCACAAAAUGGAUGCACGGCUCCUACAGCCGGACGGUGGUUCUCCGUCUCCUACAGAGCAAACACAAGUGUCUGAUGGAAGCCGCUGUGCAGCAGUGCGUCCUUUACCAGGAAUGCUGCCAGCGUUCUACACAUCUCCACCCUGAGGAGCGGCAGAGCUCAGGUUCAGACGUGAGCGCCGUCUAUAGCGGCAAGGAGCUGCAGUACGCCGUGGUCGUUCAUUCACUGUGCGUCUUGGGCAAAAUCCUCCUCCACGCCAACGGGAGGAAGCUCUUUCCCAUCAAAGUGGCUGCACGGGAAGAUCCAGUCAGUGUGACGGACUUGGUGGUGGUUCUCAUAAACAUCAUGCUCCAACAUCCGCAGCCAUUUUGCAACGACAGCCAACACGCAGAUGCGCUGUGCCCGAGCGGCCUGGUGAUGGCGACGCUGACCGCCAUGUGUGAGAGGACCGAGUGCGCUGACCAGUGUCUCCACCAGACGCCGGUCAUUCAGACUCUCAUGGCACCCGUCAUACAGGCGCUCAAUGGAGGCCAGAGCAAAUUAAAGUGCCCCGCAGCCACCCUGCCUCAGGUGGCGGACGUCCUGGCACGGAUGGCCAACACAGACCGAGGGUUAGCUCUUUUCUUGUAUGACAAGAAUCUGCUUGUGGGCCACAGUGAGAGAAGCACGACCGCUCACGCGCUGCUUCGCUUCACCCUGACGCUGCUGGAACGGGAGCUCUCAGCGUCGGGCCAGGACGAGGCCCACUCGCUUCGUGCUCUGUGCGGGGCCUUCGUCUCUCUGUGCGGGCGGAUGUGCAACUCUUGCGAGGGCCUGCAGGUCCUGCGAGCGUACGGCCUGCACAAAGCAGCCGCAGCCGCCGCCGCCUGGAGAAAGAGCAGUUCCUUGUCUGAAAGGAUUCCGACCCCAGUGCCUGGAAAGAACCCUGCAACAUCCACGCAGGCAUUGCAGCACAUGCUGAUGUGGGAGGAGACAUUGCUGGACAGCCUGCUGAAUUUUGCGGCCACCCCCAAGGGCGUGCUGCUGCUUCAGCAGAGCGGCGCCAUGCAGGAGUGCGUCUCCUACAUGUUCUCUCGCUUUAGCAAAGAAUUGCAGGUGAGCCGUUGUGAGAAGUUUGGUUAUGGUGUCAUAGUAACCCAGUUGGCGGCCACGGCGGCGGGCGCGAUGGCUCUGCAGCGCUCAGGCUUUGUGCGGGCCCUGGUUCUGGAUCUGUGGUCGGCGUUGGAGUGCGGCAGCGAGGAUGCCAGGGCGGUCCGACCCAAACCCACGCCCAUGGAACCCAUCGACAGGAGCUGCCUCAAGUCCUUCCUGUCGCUGGUCAACUUGCUGUCGUCCUCUCAGUCCGUGUGGCAGCUGCUUUCUGGACAACCUUUGGCCAACAAGAGUGAAUACACACUGAGGGAAGUGCCAAGCUCGGUGCCUGACUUGAUUGACAGGCUGAUUGCUGUGAAUUCCGCCACCAAGAUCCGUUCCCUUUUCCACUACGAGCAGUCGCACACGUUCGGCCUGAGAUUACUGAGUGUGCUGUGCUCGAGUCUGGACUCCUUUCUGCUUCUCGAGAGCCAGUACAAUAUGUGCAACGUGUUGCUGCAAGGCCAGAGGGACAACGUGAUCGACCAGGACGGCGGCAACAGGCGCUUCAUCUUGGACAACAUAUCGGUGGAGCGGAACCACGUGCUGGUUCGCGGCGCCCUCGUCGGAGGCCCAUCCGAGAGGAGACUCCCCCCGCGGGCAUUGCGGCAGGUCAGCCUCACCAGCCCAGAAGGAAAAUCUACUCGCUUGUGUCGGGGAGAUGCUCCGUAUCCCUGGCCCAUGUUUUCAUCAUUCCCUCCACCCACCUGCUACACUUUAGACCCACCGAGAAGCCAACAGAACCCGCUGGAACCCGAGAUGAUGGACUUCCUGACGUCAACUCAAGAGGGCUGGAUGGAGACGUGCCGCCGGCUCUACCGCAAAGUCGUGACAGCCGGCCACUUGAGCGCCACAGUGCUGGCUGACCUUCUGGAGAAGGUUGUGUUCCAUCUGUCCAAAUGUUCCACGGAGCGCUUCUUCUCCCCGCCCGAGUACAACAAAGAGCUGGAGAUGAGCGUGGACACGGUGGCGCUGUCUCCUGUGGAAAUGCUCGGCAUGGACGUCUGCCUUCGAUACGGCCUUGCCCUCAAACUGCUCAGCCAAGAAGAGGCGGCGGGCCACCUGAUGCUCCUCAUGAAGCACAUCAAGAACUUCCUUUCCCGGCGAAGGGUUCCAAUGUCCUCUCCACUGCUCACCGAUCAGGAAGAAUAUCCCGGCCACGAUUGGUUGACGUCGACGGUAUUCCUGAUGCUGUCUGGAGACUGGCGGCGCUCUCUGAGGGUGUUGCGCAAUCUUUCCUCUCUGCUCACUUCUGCCCUCAUUUGGCCAGCCAGCGUACACAUGUCGGUGGACCUUCCGUCGCGAGUGGCCGAGUCGGGAAUGCCGCCACUAUAUUGGUGCUCGGCUCACUACGUGGAGAUGCUGCUGAAGGAGCAACUUCCGCUGGUGCACGCCGCCUUCAGGAUGUCGGCUUUCACUCCUUCACAGAUAUGCAUCCACUGGUUGACUCAGUGCUUCUGGAACUUUCUGGAUUGGCCUGAGAUCCGUCACUACGUGUGUAUAUGCGUACUGAUGGGAGCCGACUACCAGGUGUACGCCUGCAUGGCCGUCCUCAAGCAUCUACAGCCGCUUCUGCUUCAGCAGACGCAAGCUCGCAACAUGCAGGUUUUCCUCAAGGAGGAACCCAUCCAGGGCUUCAGGUUCUGUGACUACCUCGAUUUCAUGGAGCUCCUUGAAAGACGCUACCGGAACUUUGUGCUUAGCGACAUGAAAAGCAUCCGCAACUCAGACCUGUAAAUGCGGAAUGCAUAAUGCGUGUAGCAUUUAGCUCAACAUGUCUGCUGUACAUACAAGCCCCUGCCAUCUCUUGUGGAGACGGCAUCCUUCAACCUUUGAUGGGAUCGCCUCAUUUCCAAGAACCCUAAAGGUAGAGUGUUGUACUUUUUCAAUGUCGCCCUUGCAUUCGCGUCACAUUAAUGCCGGCCCACGUAAGACAUGGCAGCCGCUCGUGAUGAAAAAUGCAUGAGGGCGCUUGCAUCACGCCAGUAAAGCCUCAUCAGUAAGCAUGCCGUCCCCUCAGCCAGAUGAUGUCUCUCAUGCCCAAAACAGCCAGGCAGGAAUCCCAAAUGAGCUGGCCGCGUCGCAGCACUACUUCUACCAUGAUGAAUGAUCGCAGGGAGGAAAAAAAUUGGUCUCGUACUAUAACUGUUUUUAGCAUGUAUUGUAUUAAGUCUGCAACAGCAGGGGCCCCAAAGUUGAAACCUGUGGAACACCAUACGACAAAUUACAUCUCCAUCAGACCAUCGUGGUGAUAAAACAAAAAAGCGUGAGGGAACAGUGUUGUCACUCAGCAUUGAAAUUGUCAAUUCAAAGUCUCAAAAUAAGCAAAGAAGUUUUUAUUUGUUCAUUCACAUUUGUUUUGUUGCUGAACAAUUUGCUGCGAAUAAGAUGCACCCGCUGUGGUUUAUUUUAACACUAAUAUAUGCAAGCUGGAACCUUCUCCAAGAAAAACAAAACCUGCCAGCAGUGACAAAUAGUUUUGCGCAUAAGUCCGGACAAUACUGAGAGGGGAAAAAUAAGAAGGCUGUAAUCAAAAUCAAACUGGAGAAUGAAAUGACAUUUCAAAUAAUCCUUUUAAUCAUUGCUUUUAAAAGACUACACUCAUUAAAUGUUUAGAAAAAAAAGCCAGAGAGGACGACCCACAUUCUCAAGGCGUCAAUCAGCAUCGCAGUGAGUGCCAACGUUCAAACACUUCCCGAGGUCUCCUCCGGGUCAUCCGGUGACGUUUUCGAGCAGGCUGCGGAAGGCGAGCCAGGUGACAUCCGACCCCUCCCCUUUUUUUCUUCACACUUUCCCGACACUUUUCGUCACCAGCUGACGCGCAGCGGGGGGACGGAUAACCUUUGUGAGACGAGGAACGCUAUUAUGAGGGCAGACAGUCUUGUGUGUGUCGCUGACAUGGCUGACAGUGUGACUGGGUGCACUUUAUAAAGUGAGCCAGUCGCACCGAGUCCAUCCCACCAUGUCAAACGACUCGAUAUUUGAUGUUGCAAAGCCGUUUGAUAUUCCGAAGACCGCACACACAAUUUAGCAUCUGAAGUCCACAAAUGGCAUUUUAUAGCAUUAGCAUUCCAAAGACCACAGACAACAUUUUAGCAUUAGCAUGUCAAGUUCAUAGUCAAUUUAUUUUUCUUUUCAUAUUUGCAUUCAAGAGUCCACAGGAUUGUGCAAAUAAUAUUUUUCUGCAUUAGCAUUCUAGAUGCUGGUGUUUUUUUUAGCAUUCUGAAUCGAAUCGACGUUGAAAUUUAAACAGUUGACGGAAUGAAAUGUUGACAUGCACACACUUAUUAGUCAGAAACAGCUGUUUGCCAUGAACACAUUUGUUUUACUAUUACCAACACAUGUUCACGAUCAACAAUUGUAUGCUUCUGGUAUUUAAAAGUCUUUAUUUGAUCACAGUGACAGUUAUUCAUACCACCGGCUUGCGCUGCUUUUUUAGUUUGACACCGGCGCUGACAUAGAGCGACGCGUUAAUCCCUAUUAGUGUCCAAAAGCUCGUUAGCAGCGGCGGGUGGGCCUCUUCGACCUCGAUAAAGUUUACACUUUAGUGAUGAUGGCGCAUAAUGGCGUGAUUUCUUUUUUUUUUUUUUUAAGCGUUGCGCUGUUGUUAAUGACGACCCAUUUCAAGGCAACCGCGGCCGAGUAAUUCUUGCUAAUUAGCGUGACGAGGCGGCCGUGAGGUUUUGGUGUGAAGUCGGAGAAGCUCUUCUCUCUCUUUAAACCUUUUUGUAUCCUGCACACGCUUGCAAUGGAAAAAAACAACAGAGCGCUUGCUACUUGCACUUGUGUGGAGAUAACGUUGUGUAACAGUUGUGUAGUUUUAGUUUCAAAUGUGUAAGGUUAUCAGUUGUAUGUCUAUGGUCAACAAUUUACAGUAUCAUUGUGUCUGCUCUGUACAGUUAAGGAAUAAAUGACCAACACAAAUCA